CUCGUCUCCAGCCGGUGAGCGGCCGUUUUGGAGAAAGUCGUGUUGCUUCAGCUGGACAGGUCUGUUCUCGCUCCUUCUUCUAGUACCGCGUGCUGCUGGCGGCGGUUUCUCCGGGGUCAGGUCCAGUAGAGAGCUGCUAACUGGUUCCAGGGAAGAGAAGGGGUGAGGAGAUGGUACGGGAACCUCUCUUUGGGGCUCUUCUUCUGCCAUUCUGCACUUUUCCCGCGAAACGUGGGGUUCAGGGUGCGUUGCCGUGGUGAAGUUGGUGCGCUCCAUUUGGAAAACACCACCAAAACAUGGCUUCUUCCGGAGCAGCAGGAGGGAGAGGCGGAGGAAACUCGCAGCAAAAAGAAGUGGAAGACUACCUGUCGAGAAUAAAACUGCGGGAAAUAUUUCAGGGGAUGCUAACUCAUGUAGUAGUACAUCAACCCGAGGAUCCCGUAGCCUACUUUCACGAAGAGCUCUCCAGGAUCAAGAAGGAGGUCGAGGAGAACAACGUGGACAUUGCUUCUACAACAUUUCUCACCUCUUCAAACUAUGUACCUAAAGACAGAGGUGACCAACAAUAAAACAUCUUUUAUAAUUUUACACUCUUUGUAAUUUUUUUACUGCGCUUAUGUUCUCUCAUUUCAUCUUAUAAUCCGUCCUGCGGUUCAAACUACAUACAUGCAUAUAAAAUCAACAUAUAGAGUGUCAAAGUCUAAAAGAGUUCAGUGAGGUUGUACGACGGAGAACAGCCUUUCACACUUGCCUGGCGAAGCUUCGCGUGACCUUUUGCUUGAACUUUCGUGUGUUGUCUUUGGCCUUCUGCCACUUGUCUCGCCGCACAACGAAAUAGACGACAAGUCCGCCAAAUGCGAUACCGAUCACCAGG